UACGUAGUUGGUUUGAAAAAACUGUCCAACGUCAAGACAUGUCCGUCAGUAUUUGCUUGGAACUCGGUGGUCCCCAAGCACCGGUGUUUGCGAUGCAAUAUUUCGUCUGACGAACACUGAAAUGGCGGUAUAUCGGUAGCCGGUACCGGCCGCGCGAUGAUUGCCAAGCAUUUUUCGCAUACCAACCGACCUACUCACGAUUUAGCAUAGAAAAAUUGGAAUGGAAAUAGUUGCAAGAGAUCUUAAAUUACGGAAGAAAAGCGUAAACGUGUAAGCUCGCUAAAAAAUUCUUAGACAGGCUACAAACAUCAAUUUGUAGUCGAAUUUUUUUUUUCAGCAUCCAUUUUCCAUUUUUGUCGGUGAAAAAUCGUUACACGUGGCUAGAGGAAUAAAAAUUAUGUCUCGCGCAUCGCAGGCACUGAUUUCGAAGUUUUGAACGCCACAAACUUACUAUUCCGCAAAUGAAAAUAAUAACAAUAACAAUCGGCCAUGAUACUAUGAUAGUAGCCCGUAAUAAGCUGUUAUAUCUUAUAUUAUGACCGUCGCUGCAGUGGUGGUGGUGGUGGUGCGGUGCCGUCAUAUCACGCGAGUCCCGCGGAACUCGGGAGCGCGCGCACAUCACGGGCGCCUGUGGUAUCGUUCGUCGGUGCGGCCCACUGUCGUCCUCCCGAUGUGCGAUAAUCCACGGUAGGCCGUCGGCGGAUUCCGUUGCGUUUGUGGGUGGGGGAUAGCCGAGCUAGGCGGUAACACGCCGCCCUACCCACCGGCACGCAUAAAAAUACUGCAUUUGGUGCGUGUAGGCGCGCACGCUUUCGAUACACGACCGCAACGACGACAACGAUGAUAAUAAUAAUGUGAAUGUGAUACACGUCUACCCGGUCUACUGAUCCCCGGGUGUAGACGAACGCGCACGCGCGUAAGCGUUGGACAUAAUAUUGCAGUACUGCACCGACGUGUGUUCCCGAUGCCAAAAUUGCUCGAUCGCCAACGUUACGAGUUUUAUGACUUACGAAUUCAGUGUAAAAAACUAUGAUUAGCCGAUGACGAUAAAGGAUAGAGCUAAAGUGAGUUGGUGAUGGAAUCGGAUGGUAACGUCAGGACACCGGGAAGCGCUGCUUACUUUCUUGUAGGUUCGAGUCGCGUGCCAUGUGGUCCAGCCGUCUCUGGCCAGUUGACUAUUCCUGUCGGACGUCCUAUGUCCAAUCAGGAUGUAUCAGGACCCAGUCUCAUCGUUCAGAUGACACCAUCCCGCAGUCAAACACAAGAUCACCAUGCACGUGCCACCAUGGUGCGGACCACAAAUCAACCAGUCACCAUGCACCGUUUCCCUUUACAGCUCAAUCAUGCCAGCACCAAUCAUAUACUAUCACCGAAUCAACACUUCAAACAAAUACCAGUUUAUCAGAGAAACGCCAGUUCCAUUCAAAUGGAAUCGGUUCGAAAAAACGUUUUUGUUUCAACUCAAGUUGCCUCACCCCAACUACCUUACAGCCGAGUAGGCUUAACACCUCAUAUGUUAAUGACGUAUAUGCCACCGCGUAAUCGCCAAUCAAAUAACCAACGAUCCCGUGUUGUGCCAGUAAAUCGGCCUAAUCCUAUGUUAAGACGAGAUCAUUGCCCUAGUGAUGAUGAAUUAUUGGAAGUAACUGAACAUAGACCUGUAUAUGAUGCUAAAAAACCUGCAGAGUUAAUUAAAGUGGAACACAACUAUUGCAUAGUUCCAAGAGUGUCACCUCAACGAACAAACCAAAUUAAUGGUUUGACAUCAACAAUAAAUGUUACUUCUGGUCAAUCUUGUAUAGUAUCACCUACAGUUUCACAGAUACAGCCACAAACUCAAUAUAAUGUUGUAAAUAAUAAUAAUAAAGUUAUCCAAAAGUCAGUAAGUAUUCCAAAUAAUGUGCCAAUACCAACAUCUGAAUCCUUACAACCAUUGCAAUCAUUGGUAAAGCAUGAACCACAAAUUCAAGUGGAAAGUGAAUUAAGUGCUAGUGAUCAUGAUCUCGAUGGCCAAGGUGAAGAAACUGAUACUGCACCGGAGGCUGUUGCCGAAGGCAAAGAUAACAUUAAGUCAGAAGAACCUGCAGUAACAAGAUGUAUCUGUGAAAUGGAGCAUGAUGAUGGUUUUAUGAUAAGCUGUGACAAAUGCUUAGUUUGGCAACAUGUUGACUGUGUAUUGGAGAGUAGAAAUAAUCUACCUGAAGAAUAUUUAUGUGAACGUUGUUCACCAAGACCUUUUAAUAAAGAAGCAGCGGCGGCUCUACAACAUAUGAAAUUGGCUAAAAGAAUAGCGAUGGCUUCAGCAUCACAUUUACGACAUUCAAGUGACUCUGAUCUCUCUUCAGAACUAGAUAUGCCAAUAGAGCGUAGCAAUAUUCAAAAUAAAAGAAAAAAGUAUAAGAGCAGACAGAAAAAUACUCCUAAACGAAAGCCAAAUGGUUUGUCAUCAUCUCAGAUGAAACAACGUCGGAAAAGUGGUCCGUCACCUGGCCCAAGGAAAAAAGGUUCCAUGACUCCUGAAAAAAAGGCUUUGGCUGAAGAGCGUAAAAAAAUGUUAAUUAAACGUAAAGAAAUGCUAUUGGAAAAAAAACGAUUGGCAGCAAUGGACAAAAAAAAGAAAGUGAUCCAAGAAAAGAAAAUAAUUCAAAAAAAGAAGACUGUUGAUUAUUCUUCUGAUGAAGAGCCAAAAAUAUUUAAAGCUGACAAACCGAAUAAACAGCACACUAAAUCUAGUAUUGAACAACCGGUUGAUCAGUUACGAAACUGGAUUGAUAAAUAUGAAGAAGCUGUUACUAAUCAUUAUUCUCAAGAAUUGCGUGCUCGUUUGUCAGCCAUUAAACCAAAUGGCAGCGUAACAAUUGGUGAACUUCGUACCCCAGUUAAAAUUCCCAUUAGUAGGACAAAAAUGUCCUUACUUCCUAGUGGGAUAAAAAUGUUAGUUAGUAGUUCAGUAUUAACUAACAAUCAGCCAAUAGUAGAAGUUCGAGGAAAAUUUACUUGGACUGGCUCAUUGGCAUACAAAGAUCCAAUACCCAAUCGAACAGACCCUUAUGUAUUUUUUUAUGUGGUUCGAUUUUCUACGGACUGUGAUGUAGAGGUCUGUGUUGAUUGUCGUACAUAUGGUAAUGAUGCACGUUUUGUUCGACGUUCAUGUAAACCAAAUGCAGAGCUAAAACAUUACAUUGAAAAAGGUUCUAUUCAUUUGUACAUAGUGGCAAAUCGAUAUAUUGAAAAAAAUACUGAAAUUACCAUUAAUCAUCAGGCUGCAGUUCCAUUUAAACGAUGUAAUUGUGGAGAUCCAUCAACAUGUACAUCUUCUAUAAGCCCAAUACCUCCUGUAACAACACCUCCUAUCCCUGUUGUACCAAAAAGUUCUUCUUCCUCACCAAUGAUAGACCCAACUGUUAGUAAUUCUUCAGACGAUGAAAAUAAACCACAAAGAAAUAAAAGAACUAGGCAACAAAGAAUUAUGAAGAAACCAAAUAAGAAAAUUAUGAAAAGAACUUUACCCAAGGUUGAAACACCACCUCCACCUCCUCCACCACCUUUACUCCCACCAGCACCUCUACCAUCACCUCUUCCACCUGUUAAAAGUAAAGAACCUAACGGACCGGGUAGGCCAAAAAGUCCUGUCAAAAAGUUGGAAACGAGUCCUGAGCCUGACCAUAAAUCAAUCAACAGUGAUAAUAAACUGGUGAAAAGAGUAAAUGAGAUGUCAAGGGAAGAGAGAAAGAUGGUAGCUAUUAUGAAAGCUUUUGAAAGAAUGGAAAAAAAAGAAGCUCGAAAACAAGAAUCGAGGUCACAUAAAGAUACAGAUUCCUUCAAUAAUUCUUCACCCCAUAAUCUAAAUAGAAAUAGAGUUCGAAAAAGCGUUGUUAAAAGGAAACAACGGCCAUCUAAUAAAAAUAGUCGCUCUAAGUCAACAAGAACAAACAGACCACAGCGUAGAGCGGCUGCAAUUUCAUCUCAUACCUAUAAUAGUUCAUCAGAUGAAGAUGACAAUAAUAAUGAUGAUGAUGAUGAUGAUGAGGACAGAAAAGGUCGUUUAUUGUCCAAAAAACGUGUUCAGAACCGUUGUAAAUUUUCAGUGCGCUUCCAACACAGGCCGUCUCUUUCAUCUAUUCCUCGGUCUAUGUUACGGCGAUCACCACACAGUAGUCUAAUUAAUACUCCCCUUAAGAUGGAUAGUGAAGAAGCUAGUGGUAGUGAAGGAACUCCUCCAGCCCCGUUAUCUAACACAUGUAUGUUAGUAGCUGCUGCAGUUGGACCACUUGCUCCAGGUUUCAAAUUUCCUAAUACAAAAAAAGAUUUUGUUAACUCAUGGGUGAAGUCUGAAGGAAAUUCUCCAACUGGAAGUGAAGACUUCAAACUAGGCGAAUCAGGUUGUGCUAAAAAAAGGUGGCUACAACAAGCUAUUAGUGAACAAGAUUCAGUCGGAGGGAUUAGUAAUGGUGAUCAACAAGUAGGUCCAUUGAAAAAACGACGAAUGGCUCGAGAAUCUAUGUCUGAUUGUCCAUCACCAACAGUUAGUGGUUCAGGAAAUAUGCAUUUUGCUGAUGAUGAUGUUAUGGAAGAUGAAGAAGUAGAGCAGGCAUCUCGUAAUAUUGCAUCUAUUGACUCCAAAUUAGCCAUAUUCAAAAAUAAGAGUAUACCAUUAAUUGAUUUGCAAAAGUCGUCUAACACAGUAGCCUUAGUUGAAUCAUUUUUGGGAGAAUUUAAACCUGAUGAUGAAGGUGCAACAGAACCUGUUACACAAGACAAAUCUAAUGUAAAAAUAAUGGUCGACAUCAAGAAUGAAGCAGUUGAUGAUCCUCAGCCAACCCAAGAAACUUUAAUCAAUGACAUAAAUAACUCAUUAUCUAUAAAAAAUGAAAACAAAGUUUCAAAUGAAGUCACUGAUCAACCAGAUACUACUGAUGUCUGUCCACCAGUUCAUAAAAUUAAUGAGUCUAUUGAAGAAUGUAUUAAGCCUGUCGUAGAACAACCACCUUCUUCCCCACCUCCACCUCCUCCACCACCACCACCACCGGUCAAGCGAAAGCUAUCGUUAUCUGAAUACAGAAGGCGUAAAGAAUCACAAGCAACUAUUACCAAAGAAAAGGAUGUUGAAUCUGGAGUCAAUGACACUCGACCAUCACCAUCUGUAUCUCCUAAUACGACUCUUGCUGCUUAUGAAGAGAUUACUCAACAAGUUAUAGCCAAAUCACUUGAAUUAGAAUCAAAGUUGGCAUUGCAAUCUACUCCAUCCCUAUUUGAAACAACUAUAUCCAAAGAAGAACCAAAACAAUGGGAAAACCUAAAUGAUAGGUUACGGAGACAAUUUGGAGUCAACAUCACUGAAGACUUACCAAAAAGACAUCCAAGAUUGUCACCUCCAUCUGAAUUCAUACCUACACCUAUUGAGUCUUCACGAUAUUCAUAUUACCAACGCUCGGAUGAGCAACUCUAUUCAUGCGCGAAAGAGGAUUUAUUGUUACCAUCGGCCGCAGUCCAUAACAAUGGUCCUCCAAACAUUAAUAUUCCUAACAGACAUGCUGCGUACCUUUCAACUUUUUUUUAUAGACCGCCCCCUCCACCUCCACCACCGCCCCCUGUAUGAGUUACUGUUGUAUUUCACAACAAAUGCAAUACACAUUACACACCAAUAAAUAUUUAUAAUGUUAAAUGAUUAUAAAAAUAAUGAAUAGAUUAUUUUUGAAAUCAACUCAACUAAAAUUAAUAUAUAUUUUUUCUUCUAAAAUGUAAAUAAAAAAACACCAAAGUAGUGUUUUUGUGUAAAUAGGUUUAUUUUUUUCCUUCCAUUGUCUUUUUGUUGAAAUUUCAUUGCUUUCUAUUGAAAUGAAACAGUACAAUAAGUUAAUUACUUUUAUAAUUAUUAUUUAUAAUUUUAUAAAAAAAAAAAAUUGAAACUUAUAAAAAAUUUGUUAUAUAUUAAUAUUUAAAUGAUCAGAUGCUUUAAAAAAUGUAAUAUAUUUUAAUUAUUAGAACGCUGUUUUUACAUUUUGAAUAAUAUUGAUUCAAAUUAUUGAUAAGUGAAUAAGUCUAAAGAAAUUUAUAAUAUACAUUUAUUUCUUUUUUAUGUUUGUAUAUUUAGUUAUUUAAUGACGUAUGUUAUUUAAAAAAAUUUAUUAUUAUGAUUAUUAUGUAUAAAUACAGAUAUUUUUUGAAUAAAAAUAUAUGAGUAAAAAUUAUAAAUAUGAUAGAUAUAUAUUAUUACUGUAAAAUAAAUUGUUUAGAUUGUAAAGUUUAAUAUUUUUGUGCAAAUUUUAAUAUUAAUAAAAAAAGCGUUUUGAAAAA